GAGUUAGUGCGCGUGAGAGAGAGAGCGGGGACUGUGAACCGCGUUACUAUGCCACAGUCCUAAUAACCGCACGCUCGGAAGCCAAACGUGCAAGACAGAUUGACCUUAUCUUGUUUACAAAGAUAACUGAACAGACUGCUACGUGGAAAGAAAGACUCAUGAGUUGGCCGUGUGGAUUUCAGAGACGUUAUGGAUUUGACUAAAAUGGGUAUGAUCCAGCUCCAGAACCCCAAUCACCCCAAUGCCCUGCUGCACAAGGCUAAUCAGAUGCGCCUGGCCGGCACGCUGUGCGACGUAGUCAUCAUGGUGGACAGCCAGGAGUUCCACGCUCACCGGACCGUGCUGGCCUGCACCAGUAAGAUGUUCGAGAUCCUCUUUCACCGGAACAGCCAACAUUACACUCUUGACUUUCUCUCACCAAAGACCUUCCAGCAGAUUCUGGAGUAUGCCUACACUGCCAUGCUCCAAGCUAAAGUGGAGGAUCUGGAUGACCUGCUUUACGCAGCAGAGAUCUUAGAAAUAGAGUACUUGGAGGAGCAAUGCCUGAAGAUACUGGAGACCAUCCAGUCCUCGGAUGAAAAUGACACGGAGGUCAACAUGAACGACGGAGGCACAGAAGACGAUGAGGAGCGCAAGGGACGGCAUGGCAGGAACCCGAAAAAGCAUUCCGUGGAGGAGGGCGGCUACUUGUCGGCUGCCCAGCAAGCACUGACGCUGCCAGCAAUGGUGGAUCAGAGUCCUUCUGUCUCCACCUCCUUCGGCCUCUCUACCAUGAGCCCAACCAAAGCAGCAGUGGACAGCCUGAUGAGCAUCGGCCAGUCCCUCCUGCAGAGUACCAUGCACCCCUGCGCGGGUGCCGAACAGCCCCUGCACGGCAACUCCCACCCCAUGAUGGGAGAGAUCAAGACAGAGAUGAUGCAAGUAGAUGAGAGCGGAGAACACGAGAACCCUAAAGCCAUGGAAUCCAGCGCCUCCAGCAACGGCGAGCGCAGCGGAGAACCUGACAAGAACCGCGAUGGGCCCGGCACCCCUACCAGGAGCAGCGUGAUCACUAGUGCCCGUGAACUGCACUACGUCAGGGAGGAAGGUGUGGGCGACCAGCAGGCGGAGGUCAGCCAGAUGGGCCUGGAGGCCAUGGCAGGGAUGACCGAAAAGCACUUGGCGUCACUCUACGGCAUUCCUCCCAACCACAAGAACGAAGCAAUGCUCUCUAUGCCCGCUUCUAUGGCCUCAUCCUUGCAUAUGUCCCCAGCAUUGGCCAUGUCCAUGGACUUCAGUGCCUAUGGGGGCUUGCUGCCUCAGAGCUUCAUCCAGAGGGAGUUCUUCAACAAGCUCGGCGAGUUAGCUGCUGGGAUGAAGCCCGACGGCCGCAGCCCGAACGAGCGCUGCAACGUGUGUGGUGCCGAACUGCCUGACAAUGAGGCCGUAGAGCAACACAGUUUCAGUGAUCUUCUUUUAAUAAAAGGAACGACAGUGUCAGAUUUGCCAUGGAAGCUGCACAGCGGAAUGAAGACCUACGGAUGCGAGCUUUGUGGAAAACGCUUCCUAGACAGUCUGCGCCUAAGGAUGCACUUGCUGUCUCACUCAGCUGGUGAGAAAGCCAUCGUUUGUGACCAGUGUGGAGCUCAGUUUCAGAAGGAAGAUGCUCUUGAGGCCCACCGGCAGAUCCACACAGGAUCAGAUAUGGCCAUCUUCUGUUUGCUGUGCGGGAAGCGCUUCCAGACGCAGACGGCUCUGCAGCAGCACAUGGAGGUCCACGCAGGCGUGCGCAGCUACAUCUGCAGCGAGUGCAACCGCACAUUUCCCAGCCACACCGCACUCAAGCGCCAUCUCCGUUCGCAUACAGCAGGUGACCAUCCAUUUGAGUGUGAGUUCUGCGGCAGCUGCUUCCGAGACGAGAGCACACUGAAGGGACACAAACGCAUCCACACCGGAGAGAAACCCUAUGAAUGUAACGGCUGCGGCAAGAGGUUCAGCCUCAAACACCAGCUAGAGACCCACUACCGUGUUCAUACAGGUGAGAAGCCGUUUGAGUGCAAGCUCUGCCACCAGCGCUCCAGGGACUACUCGGCCAUGAUCAAACACCUGCGUACCCACAACGGAGCCUCACCGUACCAGUGCACCAUCUGCCUGGAAUACUGCCCCAGCCUCUCCUCCAUGCAGAAGCACAUGAAGGGCCACAAGCCCGAAGACAUCCCCCCGGACUGGAGGAUAGAGAAGACUUACCUGUACCUCUGCUAUGUCUGAAGGAGGGAGACGGCGGGGAGGGAGGGGAGCGGGAGGGGAGCGGGAGGGCGAGGGGUUAAAGCGCCUGGAAACACAGUCAGGAAAUGGACAGAUUUGUUGGUGGUGCUGGGCAAGGCGGACAGAAAUCUUACCCCGUCAGUAUAGCAAAACAUAAAAAAAAGCAUCAUGUUAUAGCCGUAUAUGGGAAGUCCACUCUCUACAUGUCAGCUUACGUCCCAAACGUUAAAUGUCUUAUCAGUCAAACGACACACACUUCAACAACGAUUCCUUCUCUUCAUAAGGAUGCCCUCUUCUGGUACAAAAACAGUAGUGUGAACCAGACACAGUGUUUAUCUCUCAGAGAUGUCGGUGCAAGAAGCACUUAGACCUGUCAGCGGUAACGUGCCAGUCAGGUACUCCACAGAAAAUAUGAACAGUCAUGUUCAUCAGGGUCAUUACUGCAAACUGGAAUGUAAGCUUCCUGCAAAACAUGUUCACAAUGCCCGGCUGACAGUCAGCAUGUAGAUCCCUCCCAUAUGAUUCACAUUCAUUAAGGGCUUAUUGGUUUAACCAGCGUACAAAUCAGCUAAGCUCUCAGUACUCUGCUCAUCAAUGUCAUUUAACUUUUUUUUUUUUUCUCUCGGCAUAGCGCGUAUUACAAGCUGACUUCACGACGACAGUUUUUGUUUGAUGUUGAUUUCUCAAGCGCAACAUUUCAAGUUUAUUUUAAGCAGAGUAACACGCACACACCGUACAUGUUCAUGUUAUCUCCUCCUUCGCUUAUCAAGUCUGAAAUCGCUUAACCGUUCGAAACGAGUAACUUGGCAAUACAUACAGAACAUCCAUUACACACUAGAAAUCUAAUGAACUGUUUAUGCUGUUGUUAUAGAGACCAAAAUGAUGACUGAAGCUGCUUUAGUCAGUGGCUUGCAGACUGAGCGGCACUGUGACGUACAGGUCUCGUCCACACAUAUCCGUGUGUUCGUAGGUGGUCACGAGGCUUGGCCUGUCCAGCCGGGAACGCUGGGAUGAAUGAACAGAGCAGAUCAACUCUUUUGGUUUGGUUCCUUUCGCUUUGUUUGUGUUUCCUAUUAUACCUUGAUUUACUUCAGCACAUCGUACUUGAAUUACCUCGUUUUUUUGUGACCUCAUGUGCUAGUGUUUUAAUUUUUCCUUUGUUUCUUUGUAUAUUUGACUGUUUGCUUUGCGAGCAGGAGCGGCGUGUGCUUUUAUGUACUUAAGAAAUUAAGUGCCAUAGUGAAGAGAGAUUGUCUUUCGUUCGAAGUUUGUUUUUCUUUGCAUUAAUCUUACCAAACUUGGUAUUAUGUUUUUGUUUUGUUUGUUUUGUUUUACUAACCCUGCUUGUUGAAGAGCUUGUGGGUUUGGUCUUUUUUUGUUGUUGUUGUAAGCUACCUCCAAGUUUUGUUUCUUUUUGUUGUGUUUCGUUUGCGAAAGCACAGUUGUGUUUUGCGUUAUUGCAACUUCAUCUCACGCUUUCAAGUGUUGUACGUCGGAAGCGAUGAAUAUGAAAGGGUAGGAUUUGCUUAUAGGAAAAGCGGAUUGA